CUACAAAAGGUUCUGCAGGAGGAGGAUUGUGAGCAGAGCAGAGAUUAUUUGAUAUAUAUAGUCGAGAGAAUGGCGCUGGAGAUAGCCAAAAUAGAGGCUAUUCUAAGAGGUAUUGCUAUAUUGCUCUUAGUCUCAACAGCUUGUUUAGUAGGUUUAGACUCUCAAACCAAGUUUGUAAUAGUCUAUGAAAAGGAAGUUACCUACAAGGACUUGCACGCCCUUGUAGUUUUGGUGCAUGUGGAUGCUGUAGCUGCUGCUUACAAUCUGCUUCAGCUAUGUAGAUGCUCUGUGUCCGCGUGGGGUCUAGGAAACUUGAAGGGAUCUUACAGAUAUCUGUCCUGGGCUUGUUGCGUGUUGGACCAGUUAGCAGUGUACACUACGUUCGCAGCACACUUAGCAGCACUUGAGCACUCAGUUCUAGUCCUUACCGGUGCAAAGGUCUUUCAAUGGGUGAAGUGGUGCAAUAAAUUCACAAGAUUCUGCUUCCAAAUCGGCGGCGCUUUGACAUGUUGUUUCAUAGCAUCUGUGCUUAUGGCCAUGAUAUCAUUCAUCUCAGCCUUCAAUUUGUUUAGGCUCUAUUCACCAAAACACUUUCUUCGCUUAAAGGGGACAUAGCCUGUUUUCAAAAUUCUGAUUGGAAACUGUAACAUUUUCUUCUGCCUUUGCUGCUGCUGUGUUAAGCUUGAUCGCAAACCUUGCCACACAGCUAGUGGUGUCCGUAUUUGAUCUUUGGAUGUUUUUGGUGGUUCCAACAGUUUCCUGUAAAUUUCAAAGAAUAUCUUGUAUUUGUACUUUCAACAGAAUAAAUGUCUUCCUUUUAUGAUGAGAAUCAA